AGGUCCUAACAACACCUCCGUCUACGGAAUGACGUCGGCGCACGGUUAAUCAGCUGAUUUGUGAUCGAUCAGAUGAACCACAAUAACACGGUUUUAUCCGCCAACAGAGCGCCAACAUCCACCGGCAACCGACGACAUCCUGGCCCGACACGGUUGACAUGCUUUAUUGGGGAACGCCAUCAUGGACAAGAUUUUGGAGGGCCUCGUGAGCUCCGACCACUCCGUUCCAGUGAAGCGAGCCAUCGUGAAGAAGGUAGUGGAAGCGGCCGAGAAAGAGGUGACCGAGGAACAGUGUCAGUCCUUGUUUACUCUCACCACCCGCUUCAUCUUGCUUGGUGAAGAUGCCUUUCAGAGGCAGAUCGGCCUCCAGGUGUUGGAUGCCUACGCGCGUUACCACCGCCCGGAGUUUGAGCGUUUCUUCAGCAAAGACUUCGCCCUCAGUCUUCUCCAGCAGGGCUACGAGCAGCUGGACCGCAAAGACCCAGCCAUUAUAGACUACAUUCACUGCUGCCUGCGGCUGCUCAUCAGCUGCCCCUCGGUGCUGGAGAUCUUCGGCGUGAUCCAGGUGGAGGUGUUGAGGAUGGUGUGUGAGCGUCCGGAGCCCGCUCUCUGCGCCCGCCUGAACACUUUGCUGUCAGACUUUGUGCAGUGCAUCCCGAGGGAUAAGUCGGGCGUUUUGUUCUGCCAGCAGCUGGUGAGGACCAUCAGUUACUUCCACUGCUUUGCCAGCCAAGAGCGCGAGCUGGGAGAGUAUAUAAGUCAGGUGACUAAGGUUAGCACACUGCUGCAAAACAUCUGGAAGGCUGACCCCGCCACGCUGCUUCCCUCACUGCAGGAAGUCUUUGCCAUUAUCUCUUCCACAGACCCCGCCUUCGACCCAUCCAUUGCUCUGGCCAGCCUGGUCCAGCACAUCCCCGUCCAGAUGAUCACAGUGCUAAUCAAGAGUGUCACCACAGACCACAAUGUCAAAGACGCAAACAUGACUAAAGCGCUCUGCAGGAUGAUCGACUGGCUGUCUUGGCCUCUGGCCCAACAUGUUGAUACCUGGGUCAUUGCUCUGCUCAAAGGACUCGCUGCAGUUCAGAAGUUCACUAUCCUCAUUGAUGUCACUCUGCUUAAAAUUGAACUGGUAUUCAGUCGCCUGUGGUACCCCAUUGUGCGGCAGGGGGCGCUCGCUGUGCUCUCCCACAUGCUGCUGAGUUUCCAGCACUCUCCUGAGGCCUUCCAUUUGGUUGUUCCACAUGUGGUGCAUCUAGUCCAGUCUCUGAGGACAGAUGGUCUCUCCACCAGUAAAGCUUUCUUGCUGCAGUUCACUGAGCUCAUACACUGCAUGAUGUACCAGUACUCCGGCUUCCCUGACCUCUAUGACCACAUACUAGACGCCAUCAAGGAUCUCCCCAGACCCGGAGAAGAGAAGAUCAAGUUGGUGUUGAAUCAAAGUGCCUGGACAUCCCAGUCCAACUCAUUUGCCUCUGGUCCUCUGAGGCAAGCUGGGAAGUCUGAGACGGGCAAGACUGGCCUGGUUAACCUGGGGAACACCUGCUACAUGAACAGCAUCAUCCAGACCCUGUUCAUGGCUACAGAUUUCAGGCGGCAUGUUUUAUCAUUACAUCUAAAUGGUUCCAACACACUCAUGAAAAAGCUUCAGCUGCUGUUUGCUUUCCUCGCACACACUCAGAGGGCAGCAUAUGCUCCCAGAAACUUCUUGGAAGCGUCUCGGCCUCCCUGGUUCAAUGUCGGCUCUCAGCAGGACUGUUCUGAGUACCUCAGAUUUCUUCUAGACAGGUUACAUGAAGAGGAGAAAACAAUUCAGGUCCUGGAAUCAGCUAAGCCAAAGGUUGCCUCCCCUGUUGACACAAACAGCCAAGACCCAACAGGUCAGACUUCUCCAGCGGAGGGACAAGAGUCAUCUUUGACUCCAGCAGAAACCAAACCUGGGAAUGACGGGAGGACUUUGAUAGAAACGAUGUUUGGUGGGAAUCUGAUCACAGGUAUUCGCUGUUUGCAGUGUAACUGUAUCUCUGAGAAAGAGGAGCCUUUCUCAGACCUCUCUUUGGCCUUCUGUCCUUCUGCCACCUCCCAGGGCAGCCCUCAACCUGAGGGGCCCUCAGAGGAACCCAAGGUUCUCUGUCAGGGAUCUGUCAAUGGUGGCAGUGAAAUCCCUGAGCCAGGCUCGGCCAAAGCCCCAGCAAGCAAUGCCCAUUUUCUGCCAGCGACAAAUGAGCCCCCUCUCUCUGUGCCUGACCUGGUGAACUAUUUUCUGGCUCCAGAGAUCCUGGAUGAAGAGAACGCCUAUUUCUGUGAGAAGUGUAGCUCUCUCCAGCGGGCGGAGAGGACCAUGAAAGUGGUUUCGGCACCUGAAUACUUAAUCCUCACCCUGCUGCGAUUCUCAUACGAUGCCAAAUCCCAUGUCCGGAGGAAGAUUCUGGACAAUGUCACAAUCCCGCCGCUCAUGAGACUUCCUGUACAUGCCCCUUCAAUUCCUACACAAUGUUCCUCUUCUACCUCUUCUCCUCUGCAAGUGGAUUCCCCUGAGAGCAGUGAGAAUCUGGCCAAGAAGCUCAAACCAUCUCAAAAAGACGAGGAGGAAGAGGAGAAGGAGAGGAUAGAAAGAGCAGAGCAGCUAAAUCGAGGAGGAGAGAUGUCAGUCCAGUCAGUGCCCUAUGUCCUCAGCUCGGUGGUGAUGCAUUCUGGCAUAUCGUCCGAGAGUGGCCACUACUACUCUUACGGCCAUAACAUCAGCGGAGCAGAUGGAACACAGCAUCCAGCUAAUCACUUUGCCCUCGAGGAGGAUUUGGGAAAUGGCCAGGCCGAGUGCAGCCUCUCCACUUGCUCAGCUCUCUCAAUUCCACCUGAACAAGGAGAAACGCAACCUAAUAGUGGCCAGGAGGCGAGGGAUUGGCUGCUGUUCAACGAUAGCAGAGUGACAUUCUCAUCCUUCCAAUCAGUGCAAAACAUUACUAAUCGCUUCCCCAAGGACACCGCUUAUGUGCUCAUGUACAGGAAACAGGAGCUACCGGGGCAGAGCAUAAAUGGGGGGCUGAUGGCAAAUGGAAUGAGAUUGAGUGCCGAGCCUCCCCUGCAGAAAGAACUACUGGAUGCUAUUAUCAAGGACAACAAGCUGUAUUUACAGGAACAGGAGCUCAAUGCUCGGACCCAGGCUCUCCAGGCCCCUUCGUCCUCGUGCUCAUUCAGGCCCAACGGUUCAGAUGACAAUAACCCACCAGGGAGCUGUGGCCCAUCUGGUGGAGGAGGAGGAGGGGGAGGGGGCUUCAAUACCAUUAGUAGACUGGUCUUCUGAAAGAAAAAGAAAAAAUGCUGCAGGAAACUGGCACUAAGGGAGUCCUGAACUGUCAUACCAUGUGCAUAUAACCUCAUUAAAAGAGCACUGAAAUGAUCUAAACACAUAAACACACAACAUACACACAGAGCAUCUCUGCUGAUUCUGAUCUCCAAGUCUUAUACUUUAGUUUAGUCUUUAUACCAUUGUCAUUUUAUAAUUUUUAUUUUAUUUAGAUACAUUUAUGUGAUCUCAACAUUGUAAUCUUUUAUUCAUCCUCCAAAUUUCAAAGUGUGAGGUUCAUAAUACUUAUUGGUGCGAAUUUGUUCUCUCCUUCAAAUGAAAGAAAAAUACGGCUACAUAUAAUUUGAUUUUAUAGAAAUAAAUAACCAUUAGUCUCCUAGUAAAACGUUACAUACGUGAUAAAUAUGUAAAAUAACUUGUUUAUAUCAUCUGGCUUGGCGGAGUGUUUAUAAUACCUCACACACACACACACACACACACACACACACAAACAUAUGCAAAUACAUGCAUGUGCAGUGCACAGUACAGAAGAAAGAAUUUAACUGUAAGAUAAAAACCUUUUUGGAUUUGUCAUAGGUCUGAACACAGCUCACAACCUUUGUUUACUUUUCUGAUUUGCAUGCAUCUAUUCUUCACAAGCUGUGGAGUUUGAUUUUCAAGAUAUUUGAAUCUUUUUUGAUGUGUGCUUUGGUGUUUUAUAGGUUUCAUAUCUCAUGCAAUAAAUGUACAUAUGACUUAAAAAUAUCAUUCUGAAUAAUCAUGGAAUACAAAACUAUAUGUGGAAAAUUGAAUACUAUACAGAAUAAGGAAAAUUUUCAAUAUGAAUAUGUAAUGCUCUUCUCCCACUAAUAGGUAGUGUGAUCUACAGAGAAUAGCAGACUGCUUCUUUUAACAUAUUUGAUGACAUUUAACUGUUUGAAGGCAUAUUUUAAUGUAUUCCUCUGAUCUGAUCAUUCAGGGAGACUUUUGUGUUGAUGCUGAUUUUAUGUGCCUUUUGAUAUUUAAUGCAGAUUUUCGAAGAGGAAUUUGUCAGGAUAUACACCUCAGCUGUACUGUGUUAAUAUUCAUAAUGGCUUCACCUUUCCCUACAGUAAAAGUGAAAACAGUA